CCAUGGUUUAUAUUUGGCUCAUUUUGUCCCCUGCCACUCAUUCAGUGACUGACCACAGUCAGAUGGUUAAACAUUCAUCGUGAAACUUAAUAAGACACUGAACCAGAGUUUUCUGACAUUUCCCUUCUCGUGAAAAUGGUGGAGUUUGGGGAGAUUCUGAAAACCAUCGGAGACUUUGGUUUCUUCCAGAAGCUUCUCUUAUGUGGGUUAUGUUUCCCAAACUUCCUACUGCCCCUUACGUUUUCAAGUUUUCUUUUUGUGGAGUUUGAUCCGGAGCGACACUGUAACACAGACUGGAUCCUCAGUGCUGAUCCUGACUUGAGCACAGAGGAGCAGCUGAACCUGACUCUGCCCCGGAGGGAGGAUGGGACCUUCAGCAGGUGUAGGAUGUUCAAACCUGUGGACUGGAACAUUACUACCAUCAGGGAGCACGGACUUAAUGAGACCUCAGGCUGCCAGAAUGGAUGGGUGUACAGCAAAACGCUGUAUGAAGCCACCAUAGUCACUGAUUUUGAUCUCGUCUGUGGCAAAUCGCAUCCAGCAGAAAUUCUGCAGACAAUCUUCAUGACUGGUUUACUUACUGGUUCAUUCGUCUUUGGACCCACAGCUGAAUCGUACGGCCGGAGGAGAACCACCCAGAUACCAGUUGUCCUUUUGCUAAUAUUCAAUAUAGUUUCUGGUGUAUCUCCAAACGUCUAUGUUUAUGCGGUGUCACAGUUCAUUGUUGGAGCAGCACUUGGAGGAUACAGAAUCAACUCUGUCGUAUUAGCUACAGAGUGGAUUGGGGUCAGCAAAAGGUCCAUUGCUUCCUGUUUGAGUCAGAUGUUUGCAGGGCUCGGACAGUGUGCCAUGGCUGGUCUGGUCUAUGCUAUCCGUGACUGGAGAACAGCUCAGUAUGUGAUUGCAGGAGGACAGGCUCUAGUGUUCUUGUACAUAUGGUGGAUUCCUGAGUCUGCGAGGUGGUUGCUUGGAAGAGGAAGAACUGAAGAGGCGAACAAGUUCAUACGUAAAGUUGCAGCAAUCAACAAAGAGAAAGUCCCAGAGAAUCUGCUGAAUGAGGUAACGUCAGAACACGAGGUCCACAAAGGAGGACUCAAAGACAUUUUCACCUCAGCAGUCCUGAUCAAAUAUUUAUUGAUUUUAUCUUUUGCCUGGUUUUCAUUUAAUCUGGGCUACUUCUGCCUUGUUCUGAAUGUGGGUAAGUUUGGUCUGAACAUCUUCCUGGUUCAGUUCCUGUUCGGGAUCACUGAUGUGCCGUCUCAUCUCCUCUGUAUCUGGAUCCUGGAGUAUGUCGGGAGGAAGAAGACCCUCAUAUCAACCAUCACGAUGGGCGGUUUUGUUUGUCUCUUAACUUUGGCUUUCCCUCAAGACAGUGCUGUUGUCAUUACAGCCCUUGUAACCACUGGAAAGUUCUUUUUAAACUGGGCGGGGUCUGUAUGUAUGGUCUACAUUCAGGAGUUGUUUCCCACUUCUGUCAGACAAACAGCUGUUGGCCUGGGCUCCAUAGCCUUUAGAUCGGCGGGUUUACUCUCCCCUCUGCUCAACAUGUUGGAGGUAUACCACUGGUCCAUACCCGUUAUAGUCUUCAGCAGCUUGGCUGUGGUCAGUGGAGCGCUCGUCUUCUUGCUUCCUGAGACCAGCAGAAAAGAGCUUCCUGAUUCAGCUAAGGACGUAGAGGGCAACAGGAAUGGGACGUCCAAGAAGACAGGGAAUGACUCAAACAUGGACGACCACAACAGAAACAAAUCCACCAAACUCUAGUGGAAAUACUGAACUUUACUUUACAUUUUUUGUUGUUGUUUGUAACAUGAGCGUCAUACUGAGUGGAAUAUUUGGUUUCAAACUGCUUUUUUUUCUUCAGUGUUGCUGAGUCAUCCUGUGUGAUUUCUCAUGUGCUUUGUCUGUCUGACAGCCGGUUUCUAUUUACAUCUUUAUUGCUGUCAUUAAAACCAUCUGACUGGCUUUUGAGAAGGGAUAAUGAACCUUGUUUGGCCUGAUAAGCUCAGGUGAGCAGGAAUUUACGGUUUUUGCACUCAGUGAAAAUACAUUCAGUUCAAUUACAUCAUAUUUAGCAAUAGCAGCCAGCUGAAGGUAUAUUGAGUAAAUGUCUUAGCAGGGAGGAAUAAACUCAUGCAGGUAGGGUUGUUUAUUCACAUCAGCAGUAAAAAUGUCACAGAAGGGGGUCAGCAGUCUGAAAAUGUUCACACUUGUCUUUGGGUGAGAGUGUAAAACAGGGUGUUAAAAUCAUUUUCAAGCACAAUCUCUUCUGUUUUGAUCAUUCUUUGGUUUGCACACACAAAGAUGGUUGAAAAUCGAAACAAUGGGAGUAUUGACCUGCAGAUGCACUUCAAAAGCUUCUUAACAACCUGAAAAAGCCAAUAUUGUUUUAUGAUUGGGAAACUAUCAGUGAGUCCAGCUGUGACGUGCUUAUGACAGGUUUGCUGACAUUUAUAGCUACACUAUACAGUUGCAGGAAAAAGUGUGUGAACCCUUUGGAAUUUCCUAGUUUUCUGCAUAACUUGGUCAUAAAAUGUGUUCUGAUCUUCAUCUAAAUCACAACAAUAGACAAACACAGUCUGCUUAAACUAAUAGCACACAAACAAUUAUAUGUUUUCAUGUUUUUGUUGAACACAACAUGUAAACAUUCACAGUGCAGGGUGGGAAAAGUAUGUGAACCCUUGGAUUUAAUAACUGGUUGACCCUCCUUUGGCAGCAAUAAUCUCAAUCAAACGUUUCCUGUAGUUGCAGAUCAGACCUGCACAACGGUCAGGAGGAAUUUUGGACCGUUCCUCUUUACAAAACUUUUUCAGUUCAGCAAUAUUCUCGGGAUGUCUGGUGUGAAUCGCU